AUGAAUUACUCCCGAAAGAAAAUAUGCCUCUCAAUGGUAAUGAGAGCUAAAGAAGAGCGUCGUAACCGGUUCGGUGUCAAUUCCUUGGAUUACGAUCCAUAUCAGAAAAGGUUAUAUACUGCCGGUCGAGACUCCGUGAUUCGCGUUUGGGACACAAAGCGCCAGUCAGACCCUUAUUUGCAGAGUAUGGAACAUCACGCUGAUUGGGUUAAUGAUAUCGUUUUAUGUUGCGAUGGCGAGUAUCUAAUUUCGGCUUCAAAUGAUACGACAGUCAAAGUUUGGAAUGCACGGACAGGAUUCUGCAUGUCCACCCUCCCAACGCACAAAGAUUAUGUUCUCGUCCUGGCUUAUGCGCAACACAAAGAAGAAGUUGCCAGUGCCGGUUUAGAUCAUGCGAUUUUUCUUUGGGAUGUCAACACACUUCGUAAUUUAACUCCUAAGAAUAAUACAGUGACAACAUCUUCUUUCUCUGAUGAGAAGGAUAGCAUUUACAGCUUGGCCAUGGAUCCUGCCGGGUCGAUCCUUAUUGCUGGUAGCCCUGACAAACUGAUCCGGAUGUGGGAUCCCCGAACCUGCCAGCCAAUCGGCCAAUUACGCGGCCAUACGGACAAUGUCCGGGCCCUUCUGAUUCGUCCUGAUGCACAGGAGAUCCUGUCAGGAAGUUCAGAUGGAACUAUUAAACUCUGGUCAGUGGGAAUGCGCCGAUGCACUGAGACUAUCCACCGGCAUUCAGAAGGAGUGUGGACGUUGCAGGUGUGUCCUAUUUUACCUCAUCUCUGUAGACCAAUCCUGCUUGGACAGAAGUCUACUCUUCGGGACGGGAUAAGAACAUCUUUGCGACAACCCUUCGUAACACAGAUGACUCAUUUCUUAUAG